AGCGGGAAGUAGGAAAUGACGAUCUUGCGCCAAUGUCAACAAUAACAUUGCUGAUCAGAAGAUCUUGGAUUUAAUAACUUCUAAUUCUAAGACUAAUCUAGAAUCUAUAUUAUUAAAUAAGCUAUGAUUGUCAUUGUGUAGUAAUGUCAGUCGACUCUGGUUAUCAUCAUGUAUCCACGGCUUCACAUGAAGAUAGUGAUGAAAGUAAGCCAGUAAAAUCUGAUAUUGUUAUAGAAGAGCAGACAGUUAAGUCAGACUCAGGAAUGGAAGAAGAAUCAUUCAAUCACUCAUCAGCAGGUUUAUCUGAAUCUUCUGAUAAUGAAAUGGAUGAUCUCAGUGUCAAGAAACGUUCCCGGGGCAAUAGAAGAAUGAUAUUUGAUGAUGAUGAUGAUGAUGAUGAAAAACAGCCAAUGGAAGAAGACAAAGAAUCCCAGGACCAAGACAAAAGUCAAGAGGAUUCUGACAGAGAAAGUGAUGCAGAAAAGUCUGAUCAUAACCAGGAAGUCAGUGAGACAUAUUCUGAGAAACCUCUAAAAAUGGAUUUGAAAACUAACAGUGACCUUUUCGAUGCAGAGCUGAGUGACGAGGAUAAACCAGCCUCUACUAAUGGAAAUGAUGAUUCGGGUGACAAUGUGGAAAACAAUGAUACUGAUGAAGAUGACAAUGAAAAUGAUAAUGACAGCAAUGAUGAAGGUUUUGAUGAAAGCCAGUUGAACCCAGAACUCCUUGCCAAGCUGAAAAAACUGAAGGGAGCUGGAAAGAAAGGGAAGGAACGAACCAAGUAUGAAAGAAAAUCAAAACCUUCAGCUGAGAAAAUGCUAGAAAUUUACAGUGAUUCUCAGAAAUUGCUUCGAACUUCAAGAAUUAACUUGCCCUAUUACGAACCCGAAACAAAAUCACUGAACGAUUUUCUGGCCAGAGCUUCAAAAAAGCGACAAGAGUAUGCUGGCCUAAAGAGAGCUAAAGACAUUGUGAAAGCCCAGAUAAUCCAAGAAAAGCUAUCUGUGCCUGUUUUACCUAGCCCACCCCAUAAACAUAACUCUAGAAGUAGGGGUUCCAAUGAGCAGAGAGAGUCAGGGAUCACUGAAGCUACAUCUCCUUCCAAAGUCAGCCUUAGCCAGAAUGGAGUUGCUGAUGAUUCAGGUCUAUCAUCAAGUGAUCCCCUUAGAUCACAGCAGCAGAGCAUUUCAUUUCCAGAUUCCCUUGGCAAUGAUGAGUUACCAGACAUUUUGCCAAGAGAGAUACAUGCUCAAUCUGAUCAUCUGACAAAUAUUCUCAACCAGGAUUCACAAAUAUCUAGUGAGCACUGCCGACUAACUAUUGAUGUAAAUGAGGCUAAAUCUGAGUCCCAUACCCUGUCACAUGAGGGUUUAAAUAGUUCUCAACUGACUCCUAUUUUAGAUUCUUGUUCUCAGGAUGACACAGCUCCAUGUGAAAAUGAGAAUGAAGAAGUUCCUUCUUUGCAAAAAGACCCGUCAAGGGAUUUAUUCAUUUCUUCAGAGUCUUUAACAAGUGACAACCCCAAAGAAACUGUUCUGAAAUAUACUGGUUGCUCUAAAGAUAAUUUUAACAGCAAUGAUGAACAUCUUGUUCUGUCUAAUCCUAGCGUUGAACCUAGGACCUCAGCAGACUUAUCACCUAAACUAUCCAAGAUAAACGACUCUGAAUUGUCUUCAUCUGAAGCUGGGCAUAAACGAAAGAAAAGUUUAUUGGAAAAACUUCAGGGUAUUGAGCUGCCAAACCUUCCUCUCCCACACCUGAGUGGAUCUCCCUCUGAGAUCAUUUGUCUCGUGGAGCCCUCAAAAGAUACAACGCCAAAGAAUCCAGGUCUUGUGAAGCUAAUGAACAAAUUUGCUGAGCAUUCUAAGCGCAGAACACCAAGAGGAGCUCACAAUGUCAAUUUGAGUAUAAUUGCUAAGGAAGGAGAAGAAGGUGCCAGGAAAGAACUUAAAUUACAUUCUUUGACAUAUAAUGUGCAAGAAGAGGAGGAAAUCCUACCUGAAGAUACUCCAGGCUCAAAAUUGUUGAAACUAAAGCAGCAAUUAGAUGUUGGUAUGAAGCUGAAAAGAGAGGUGGCCAGACAGCGCAGACUACAGAUGUAUGCUCUGGAGAAUGAAGAAGGUUUUGAGGGUAGAAAAGAAGAGGAGGAAGAAGAAUUGGAAGAGGAGAUGACAGAGAGUGAAAGUUCAAGUGAUGAUGAAGGCGAGGAAGACGUAGAGAAACUCAUUGGAGAGGACUUUGGAGAUGAAUCUGAAGAUGAAAAAGAUUAUAAUCCAUUGUUAGAUAAUGAAGCAGCAGAAGACUCAGAUGAUGAAAGCGGGGAUGAUGUCCAGAGUGAAAAAGACGAAAACGUCAAUGAAGAUUCCAAUGAUAUUCGUCUUCAUUUUGAUACCUCUGAUGAAGAUGAAGCAAACGAAGACAAUGCUAAGAAUGACAACAACUGCAGUGAUAGUGAAGAAGAAAUUCUGACAUCAAGAAAGAAGCGUCCAGUUAAAGCAGUAGUGGACAGUGAUGCAGAUGAUGAUGAUCAGAAUAAUGAUGAGGGUAAAGACCAGGCUGAUGUCCCCACACAAAUACUUGAGUCUGACACUAAAAAAGAUUCUUUUGGUGACUCUGGGAGAGAUCCAUUAAUAGGACUUUGGUCAUAUGAGGCAACUCCUCAGGAUACAGACAGCCAGGAAAAGGCAAAGUUUCGAAGAGAAAACUCAAGAUCUCCAGAACUCUAUACAUGUGAUCAAGCUGAAAGUCAGUUCAGCUCAGCACAACACCUAGAAAAUAGUGAUUCAUCGCAGUUUGUUACUAACUCUCCGAUGUUAGAUAAAGAUGGAUUUAUAAAGCUGAGUCGAAGGCCCGCUGGCUUUAAACUUGUCUCUCAAGAUUCUCAUAAUAAAAUCUCAUCUCUAGUAAAUUCAGGAGCAGAAGAGUUAACACCUGGAAAUAUUUUCAAAGACUUUAACAGCCAACUAGCUUCCAGUCAAGCAUUUACACCAGGUAACAUCUUUCAAGACUUCAAAACACAACCAGCUAGCAGUGGACUUAAAGAAGAUGACUUGAGUCAAGAUAAGCAGAGCCUGGACUAUGAAACACAAGCAACUAACAGUGGACAAGAUGACUUGAGUCACGACAAGAACAGUUUGGACUCGUUUAAACAUUUUGGAAAAGAAACAAUAAGGAAGGAAGACUUGAAAUCUAUGAAAGAUGUGAAAUAUCCCAGCAAGCACUCAAUAUACACAUCUUUAAGUGAUGACGAUGACAAUGAUAUUUAUGAUCCGUUUUCUGUUCUAACUAAAAAAGAAGAUGGAAGCAAGUCAAAGAAAGAAAAAAUAAUUAAGCCUGUGCUGACUGACAGUGAGGAUGAAAACAAUGACUCUGAUGCUAGUAAAGACGAUUUCUUGGCCAGUGAGGAUGAGCAAGAAAAUGACAGAGAAGCUGACACUGACAUAGAAGAAGAAUCCAAUCAUUCUGUUCAAAACUUAAAGUUUUCUGGCUUUAAAGAUAAAAGAAAAGGAAUCAGAAAAGAAUUUGUAGAAGAUGAAGCUGAGCUGUCAGGUAGCGAAUUUGAAAGUGAUGAGGACCUUGACCUUCCUGAAGCUGAGGACAUUUUGGAAGAGGAAGAAGGAGAUAAAGAGAUGGCUGGAGUGUCAGAGGAGCAGCUGAGAGAAGAAGUUGGGAGAGUGCACAUGAAACGAUUACAAGAUGACGAUGAUAAAGAAAUGAUGUACCUGAAAGAAAGAUACUUACAAGAUGGUGAUCUUUAUUCAGAUGGAGCCGGGAGAAUGAGAAAUUUUAGAUGGAAAAACUCUGAGACAGAUUCUCAACAAGACAUGUUUCUCAACUUAUCUGAUGAUGAGCAUGUGGACGAGGACAAUGACGAGCAGCAGUGGAGAAAAGACAGAUAUGAACGAGAGAAGUUUUUAGAAGAAGCUGCACCUGAACCAAAUGAAGAAGAUAGUCAAUUGUUGAAGCUUGGGCAUGUUUUCUUAAAAAAGAAAGAAUCCAGUAUUACAAAAGAAAAUUUGCCAGCGCCUAAACAAAAAAUGAUGCCACCUGAGCCACCCAAACCAAAGCUUUCUAAAAAGGGUUCAUUUCUAUCAAGAAAAGACGAUACACUCAUUAAGAUUGCCCAGGUCACAAAGACAAUAGGCACGACAGCCAGAAAUACAAAGAACUUCAUUUUUCAGUCCCUGGACCAACAGGAGUCCCAAGAUGCUGGUGUACAUAAAGAUGUGGCGCCAUCGAAACGAAAAGCUCACACCCCUAGCCAAUCAGAGCAGCCAGCCAAGAAAGUGAAAGUAGCAGAUUUGCAGAGUAGCCCCCUACAUCCCAAACGUCGAGAUAGCAUAUUUAAAUUGUUAGAUUGAUUGCUGUGAAAAUGAUUUUUGGUGAUGUGUGUGUGUAUUUAUUAUCAGUUGGGCAUGUAACUUUUCACAUGAGAUAUAAAUAAACUUUAAUUUUACUGUUUUAA